UUCCGUCGCUCGAGUUCGCAAUGGCCGCGUUUGCCAAUUCGUAUCGCAUCGCUCUCACUAUGUCAUUGGCCAUAUAAAUCUGCGAUUUAUAUAAAUCGUUUUAACGGCGGUUUUCACCCAUUUCUCAAGUACACUUACUAUUUGAAAAGAUAUUCAGUGUGUAUGCUCAAUGUUUACAAAGAAGAGCAUAAAAACAUAACGCGAACUCGAAGAAGAAGAAGAUCAGCAUAAAAAAUCGAAAAACGACUUUGCGUGUUAUUUAAUACUUGUUUGAACUGUCAUCUAAACCUAGAAGAACUAAUAGCUGUUGGUCUCUGUUGGUGAAAUCAGUACAAAAAUGCGUUUCACAGCGGUCUUAUUUCGGCAACAUAUUGGCUAUCAUUUCAAGAAACACUGGAUCAUCCAGGGCAAACGAGUUCCUACCGAACUAGGGGCUGCUGCUGAACUGGCAGCUCGAGGAAUUCCGGUGGUCGAAGCCAGACAAGUGUUGGACGGGGAUUGGAAACGCGAAAUAAUAUCCAAGCCUGUAGGCCAGUUGCCGCCAGAAACAGCACUGGAUGAAAACCAUCCUCUAUAUAAACAGGAAGCCUGUUAUCAGUACAGCGAUAGCAAUGUCUUGUUGGAAGGAGUCCGCCAAGCUCAGGUUUUAUUGAAUACGAUUGUUUACGAAGAGCUUCCAUCGAAGUACGAGGAACGUAUUGAAAAAUUAAAAAUCCCGACGCAAUUGGACCGGUCAAUGCAACAAUCUGUGCUGGCUGCCUUGGUAUUUGAUGCUGAACAGGUCAAGACGGCAAAGAUCAAAGAUCCGGAGAGACCGGCCUACACUUUUCCCAGAGUGUACGGAAUAUCCGAUCAAAGAAAAAUCUCGCUCCUAUUGUCCAAGAUGAUCAUUCACUCCGAACGUUUCCUGGGCCGUACGGUUACCGCAAAUCGAAAAGUUAUCAACGGCGCCCAAUUUAGAGUUCCGCUUAUAAAGGAUCUUGACCGCAUACUUUGUUCAUUGCGAACGGAAACAUUCAUCACAUCUACCAGUCCUAUUAGUCCCCUGGAUAGUUCCGUUUAUCGCUCCCAGGACCAGCAACUUCCAGAUUUGUUUCCAGUGCGUGAAACUGCCACUAUUCCCCGGAGCAAUUUCUACGAUUGGACUGAUCGUUAUCCGGUCCGUAAAGAAUAUCAUUGUUCUCACCCACACACGAUUUUGCUGCACUGUGCCCCUGAAGAUGUUGCCAAUCAGUUCGAGACACCGGUCAGCGACGAUCAGAAGGAAAGCCGGGCCAUCAUGAAGGCGUUCACUGUGGCUGCGUCCCGUGCUAGACAGCUUUAUGGGAAAGGGGUGAAAAUUUUACCCCAUCCAAUAACGGUUCAAGUUGUCCAAACGGAUAGCAAAUGGUUCCAGUUUGGUGUUUUCCAACUCAACACUCUUGACAUAAUCGGUGGAAAUGGCAAUCAGCAGCAUAAUCUGUGGUUCCGCAAACCUGUCAUGAACCUAUAUUCGGAGUGCGGAUAUGUUUUGGGGAAACCAACUCUGAGAGAAUACAACAAAGACGUACUAAGGCAUUUGGCCAAUUUCUACGCCAGCAGCUAGUCAUUAUUUAGAAUCGCAAAUGCAAGUUUAAUAAACUGAACACCCGUU